AUGUUAGUAAAUAUACAAACCACAGGUUCCUUUUAUCAAGAACAGCGCGUAACAUUUUUUGAGAUCAAUCUGGCAACUCAACCACCAUAUGAUCAAAAUAAAAAUAGAAAAUAUAGAACACGUAUUAGUUUGUUCUUAUACGCGGAAUAUCUGAGCAACAUGGGGAAACACAAGAACAGCACACAGGAUAACAUUUUUCUAAAUUUUAUGCGAAACAACCAGGACAUAGCCAGAGGAUUUGUUAAAGGAGAUAAAGUGGUACAGGAUAAGCUUUGGGCAGAUUUAUGUGACGAGCUGAACGCUUCUGGCCCACCAACAAAAGACAUAGCGAAUUGGAAAAAGGAAGAAGAUCAGAAGCAUUUUAAAAGCAUUGACACUAUUCUAUCGGAUAUUCGUUGCAUUAAAAAAGAAGAAAUUCAAGAAUUGAAGAGGCAUAACAUACAAAUUGAGCGAAGUUUAGCAACCAAAAACGAAAUAAAGCUCAAAUAUCUGGAGCUGGAGCAGCUUAAACUUGAUAUGACAACAAGCUCAGACAAUUUUUAA